AUGCUGGCGGUCACAGUGCUGUUCCUUUGGCUGCUGUCGGAGACGCAUGGCGUACCCGUGCAGAAACAGAACGAGGUGUUUAGGCCAGUACGCCUCGCGAUGAUCCCCCAGACAAAAGUGGUGUUGGCUAACACCCGCAAGAUCGGAUCACCGAGCUGGGGUCUGACUGUAACCGAGGCGGAGCAGGCGUGUCAGGCAAUUGCCGAAGCGGAAAUCUUUAAGCUGGAAACUGGAAGCAAAACACCUGGUGGAAAAAUGCUGCAUCCAUUUCUCGGCAGGCUGUAUAAUGUGACUGAAACUAAGCCAGACCGUGAAGUGGGCAAAGUACAAGGCCAUCUGUUAUCAAUAGAGAACAAAUUGGAACCCAAAGCACACAUAUCAUGGACUGAUGGAAGCAAUGGAUCACCGGAAGUCCUUGGGUUGUCGGCGGAAGAUAUUGCCCUGUUCGAACCAAACGAUGACUACUGCUUGGCAUUCGAUCUCUGGCUUGGUCGAUGGCAAGCCCGUUGUUGCAGUGAUCGACUGGCCUAUGCUUGCAAAAUACGCUCGCUUCCGAAGGCGGUUGAAGACUAUCCUACUGAAGGCAGAAGCAGUGAGAUGGGAGAUCUUGAUGGGAACCCCCUUGGUAACCAUUUACGCUCUACGGAAGGACAGUUCUCCCCACCGGCAAUUGCGGAUUCUACAACUCCGACUGUUAUUCCAACACUCGAUGCUGAAAGUACAAAUACACACACGACCCUAAUGGAAACUAAUGCUGUUCAACCAAGAUUAACAACACUGACCGAGGUAACGGAAGAACCGAACACAAUGGCCGAUUCCACAACUCCGUCUGUCUUUUCAACACGUUCCACUGAAAGCCUAGCAACACAACCGACUCCAAUGGAAAUUCAUACUUGCAUUCGACAAGACGACGGCUACCACUUCUUCCUCGAGCACAUCAACCACCGUUGGCAGUUCUUCCGGGGUCUCAUUUACUACUCCAAUAAGCGAAACGUCUACAGUUUCAUCGUCAUCCACGCCGAUGGCCUCCAGUCUAGCCCCGGGGACGCCGUUCAUGACGACUGGCAGCAACACAAAGAACACGGGCAGCGAAAUGCAUACAUCUACUAAACCGCAAAUAUCAAGUCAAUAAGAUCUUCAAGCGCUCCGGUCUGUACUGAGCCUUCGCAAGCACCAACACUUUCAGUCACUGAUGCUACAGAUAGUGUGAUCACGGCAGCCGGCUCCGCUCUGGGGCAUGCCAAAUCUACAGACUCCACAGUCACUAACACUAUAAAGUCAGAUUUAGAAGACCCCAGCAACGUAGGUAUCAAGGAGGCCGAUUUGACAAGUGCGUCCGGAACAUCUUCUGAGGGGCUUUUGCCGUCUCCAAGCAGUACAAGUAACCCGCUUCAAAAUUCCGAAACGAUGAUGACAACGUCAGAGAUGUUGCUGUCGACAACCGGUGAGAUGUCAAGUCGAUCCACGGUUGGCUCGACCCCGAUAGUUGAAGGCACUUUUGGAGUCUCAAAUGUACAUCCUGCCACGAUGGUGACGAGCACUAUGCCUCUCUCAUCAGCUGCAUAUACCAGAAGUGGAAGCGCAGUCGAAUCCUCCACACUCGCAUUGAAAGCUACCACAUUAGCCAUGGCGAAAGCGGCCGACAUUAGGAUUACAGCAACCAUUACAUCGCGUGCACCUGUGACGCUGACUUCCUCAGUGCCUGGGCAGGUGAGAUCAACUAUGGUUGAUGCUCCCUCUAGGCUGGCGGACUUGCCUGGAGAUGUUGGACACAUCAGCUGGUCAACUGGGAUGCCAGGUGGCAGCUCUGACCUUGGCACAAUUACGUCGCCUGCAACUCCUCUUUCCACAAACUCCAAAGUGACAGGAGCCGUCGGAGAGGUGACUCAGCCCAUAAACUCAGCUACAUUUACUUUAACAUCGACUGUGAAGGAGACCAAUAUUAACAUGCUGAAAGAGAAAACUACAACUACAGACGUUGCAUCGGCUGAUAUUGCGGAGCCGACGGUUGGGCGUCAAACCAACAGACUAAAGAAAUCAUUCGAUGACUUCACUACCCCAAAUGUUGACUUGACUGUAUCUAGCCAAAUGACUACCUCUACUCAGAAGGAAUUGGACGCACCAACUGCAGCUCCAAACCCCUCCAGAGCUUCUGCCUCCCCAGCAUUUAGUGAGCCCAGUCCUGCAGAAGUUGGCCAAACAACUCCUGUCCCAGCGAUUACGGUGUCAUACCAAACAGGCUGGGCGGUGUCUGAAGUAGCUGGCACUUUGGAAGGUGAAAACUCCACUAAGGAAGGACAACAUAGCACAUUAACUACCAUUACGUUGCCCGUAAAUAUCACUCCUGUUAAGAAAAACAACAGCUUACUCCAGGAGUCGUCAGCACACCCUGCGCAGAUUCCGAGGAACUCACAAACCGCCGAAUAG